CGGGGCCAUAGGUGCUUCAUUUCCGGGAGGAGCCGGCACUGCGGGACCCAGCCGUGCGUAAGGCUUGUGCUACGGUGUUCGGCCUGGUGGCCUCGGUCGGAGUAAGCCAGCCAUGAAGAUUACCAGGCAGAAACACGCCAAGAAGCAUCUUGGCUUCUUCCGCAACAAUUUCGGAGUCCGCGAGCCGUACCAGAUCCUGCUGGACGGCACCUUCUGUCAGGCAGCGUUGCGGGGCCGCAUCCAGCUGCGGGAGCAGCUGCCCCGCUACCUUAUGGGGGAGACGCAGCUGUGCACCACCAGAUGUGUGUUAAAGGAAUUAGAAACAUUGGGAAAGGAUUUAUAUGGGGCAAAACUGAUUGCACAGAAAUGCCAAGUUCGAAAUUGUCCCCAUUUCAAGAAUGCAGUGAGUGGAUCAGAAUGUCUGCUUUCCAUGGUUGAAGAGGGAAAUCCUCAUCAUUAUUUUGUGGCAACACAGGACCAGAAUUUAUCUGUGAAAGUAAAGAAAAAGCCUGGGAUUCCUCUGAUGUUUAUCAUUCAGAACACUAUAGUCUUGGACAAACCUUCUCCCAAAACAAUUGCCUUUGUUAAAGCGGUAGAGUCAGGUCAGCUUGUCUCAGUGCAUGAGAAAGAAAGUAUCAAGCAACUCAAACAGGAACAGGGGUUAGUGAAAAAUCCUGAACAGAGAAGAAGAAAAAAGCGCAAGAAAAUAAGUGGCCCCAAUCCUCUUAGCUGUUUGAAGAAAAAGAAAAAAACAGAGGACACAAAAUCGCCUGCUUCUAAAAAGAAAAGAAAAAGAAUAAGAAUCCGGAACAGAUCUACCUCCAAAGUACUUUCUGAGAAGCAGAAUGCAGAAGGAUAAUGAAUUCUUUCGAUACUUUUAAAGACAUUCACGUGUGAAAAAUUAAUUUACUUUAAAGACUAUAUUUAUGAUUAAAGAUUAAACUUAUUUUUAUAAAUGAAUAAUGACCCAUAUGCUUUUUCCUAAAAUAACUUAUAAAAUAGAGUAGUUAGGUUUAGGUAUGAUAGAGUGUACUUUUUUCAGGGUUUUGAUAGAGAUUUUUCAUUGUAAAAUUAUUGUUUCCUAUCCCUCCCAAAUGUUAUAUGCCAAUGGGUUUUAAAAUCAAACAGUUUUGGGCUGGGAUUGUGGUUCAGUGGUAGAGUGCUCGUCUAGCACGUCUGAGGCCCUGGGUUUGAUCCUCAGCACCACAUAAAAAUAAAGUUAUUAUGUCCAACUACAUCUAAAAAAUAAAUGUUUAAAAAAAAUCAAACAGUUCUAAAAGGCUUGUGACAAAAAAAAGGAGGCAGUGCCUCAGAUACACAGAGGAAAUUUCCUCUUUCAACUUUAGAGUUCACAUUUCCAAAUUAUAUGGAUAUUGCUACCUUCUAUCCAUUCGUUAUUUGACCUACAAAGAAUGGAGAUUGUGUUACUUUGACUCCUCCCAUUUUUCUGACACAUAUAUUUUAGUUUUUGUACAUCACAAAUUCCAUGUUUGUAUUAUUAACAACUAGAGUUAACAGACUUUUCAAAAAUGUUCUCUUCUGAACUAAGUGGUAUGCUAUGAUUACAUUUGUUUAUUAUACCAUUAUUUCUAAUGUUAAUGUCCUCAUUUUUUUUUUUUUUUUUUUUUGCAUCUGACUUAAUUUUGCUGUAUUUGCCAUUAACAAUGUAAAGGACUUCACAGUAUAGUUUUCCAUAUGGUUAUUACCAGGUCAUUCUUUUCCCCUGGAUUACUCAGGUACCAAUGUGCAAAGUAUUCUCUUGAGCAUUUCCUUGUCACCUAAGUAUUCUUUGCCUUUAUCCAGAGGAUUUUGUCACAUUCUUUGCCUACAUUCUUUGUUUUAUUCAUCCAUAUUUUUACCCUAGAGGAGCACAGAGUGUAUAGGAAAUAUAUAUUUUGAUUUUUUUUUUUUUUUAAUUUGCAGUGCUGGGGAUUGAACCCAGAGCUGUGCACAUACUAGGUGAGUGCUCUACCUGCUGAGCUAUAUCCCCAGCCCAGUGUUUGAUUGGCAGUGUGUCUCUGUUAUCUUUGUUGCACUGAUAAUCUAGCAAAGUAUAGGAUUCCUGGUUGAAGAUAAUUUCAUUCACAUUUCCUUAAGAACCUCUCAAUUAUAAGUUGCUAGGGGAAAAAAGUCCCUUUACCUUCUUUGAGUUCCAUUUGUCCUGUGGGUUGAUAAUUUUCUUUUAGAUGUAAAUGUUAACUUCGACAGCAAGAAUCCCAAAAUAGCAUUCUAAGAUUGUAUUGUUCAAAGUGUACAAAGAUUCAAAUGUUUUUGCAUUGUAAGAUUGGAUGUAUAAAGUUAUUGGAAAAGUGAAAUCUGAUCAACAGCUCCUGACUUGGCCUUGAUGUCACCUUAGAGCAGUGGUUCUUAAUCUACCUUCAGAGCAUCAUGAUGAGGUACAAAGUACAUCAUGAAUAACUUAUUAAUAGCUAAACUGACAUUUCUUAUAUGUGAGAAUUGUAAUUCCUACAGAAAUGUUAUUUUCAGUUGAGGUCAAGGAUACUUUGGAAGUGUCCAUUUCAGUAUGCUAAAUGCAUAUGUUUUAGGCUUUCAUUCUAACAAAAUUAUCUAUACUCAUUCAGCAUUGAUCAUCUGUUAAUAGUCUGAACUAGAACUGAAGAGCUAGGAAAACAUGUUUAUGCAGUAGUUAUUAAAAUAUUAAAAUCAUUAGUAUUUUGAAACUGGUUAAUUACAUAUUUUUCUGUAAAUUACCUUUAAAGAUAUAUUUUAAAGUAUCUCAUGUCCUUGUACUAUAGUUCUUUAGUGAGUGGUACCGUUUUGUUACCUCCACUAAAAUCUGAAUCACCACUUUCUCUCUAAAAUUUGGUGAAGGGAGCCCUGGUACUAUACAUAUGAGAUUAUAACCCAUCUUGUAGUUUUGGGUAAAAAUGUUGAGAACCUUUGCUUUAAAGAGUAGUUACUAACUUUAUUGGGCAUGACACUUUGGAACAUUGAAACUUUACCAACCUAAUAAAUAAUGUUUCUGAAGACCA